GACGGCUUUGACAGAGAAGACAAAGAAGCGGAGGAUUCAGAGGCCGACGAAGAAGAUCUCAACGAUGACGAAGACGGCAACGAUAUUGACGGCGAUAGUGAAGAGAGUGAAGGCGAAGACUUCAAUCCCGACGGUGUAGACGACGAAGAAGAGGAAGAUUUGGAUGACGAGGAAGAAGAGGAUGAGUCGACAGCGAGGGGUCAGAAGCGGAAACUGCCGGACGACGGCGACCCGACUGAUGGCGACCCGACCGCCGAAUAG